GCGAGGCGCGCCCAGACGGGGGGACAGACAGACACAGAGAGAGAGAGGGGGGGAGAGAGCGAGAGAGAGAGAGAGAGAGGGGCGAUGGCCGCCGAUGGAGUAUGCGGGGAAUCGAUGGAGCAGUACCGGGCCGAGUUGGAGCGGCUCACCCAGGAACUGGCCGAGGCGAACCGGGAGAAGAUCAGGGCGGCGGAGUGCGGGCUGGUGGUCCUGGAGGAGAACCAGGUGCUGAAGCAGCGGUACGCGGACCUGGAGAUCGACCAAGACGCGCUCCGCAAGGAGUUGGAGCAAUUGCAGGAGGCAUUCGGCCAGGCUUACAGCAACCAGCGUAAGGUGGCGGAGGACGGGGAGAGCAAUGAGGAGACGUUAUUAAAGGAGUCGGCCUCCAAGGAGGCCUACUACAUGGGACGUAUUCUGGUGCUGCAGACGGAGGGGACAUUGAGCCGCACCGUGGCGUCCAACGCGCAGGCCGAGAACGAGAGGCUCAACGCACUCUCACAGGAGCUACGGGAGAGUAACGAGAUGCUGGAGCUACAGAGGAGCCGAAUGAGGGAGGAGGUUAAGGAGUACAAGUUCAGAGAGACCAGACUGCUUCAGGAUUACACCGAGCUGGAGGAGGAGAACAUCACGCUGCAGAAACUGGUGUCUACGCUCAAGCAGAGCCAGGUGGAGUAUGAGGGACUAAAACACGAAAUCAAGGUGCUGGAGGAGGAGACUGUUCUGCUCAACAGUCAGCUGGAAGACGCAUUGCGUCUGAAGGACAUCUCUGAGGGUCAGUUGGAGGAGGCCUUAGACGCCCUGAAGAGUGAGCGUGAGCAGAAGAACAAUCUGAGAAAGGAACUGGCCCACCACCUCAGCCUGAGCGACAGCGUCUACGGAGCGGGCGCCCAUCUGGCGCUCACCGUCACCGGCGUUGAGGGCCUCAAGUUCCCAGAGGAGACCAACGGGACCAACGGCAGCGCCGUCCCCACCGCCAACGGCAACAAUGAGGACAGCAACCGGCGAAAUGACCACGUUCACACGGGCACCGGAUCGGGUAAGAUGAACGGGGACUACCGACCGGGCAAUCGGAAAGGAGAAGGCCUGCACCCCGUGCCGGACCUGUUCAGUGAGCUCAACCUGUCCGAGAUGCAGAAACUCAAACAGCAGCUGCUGCAGGUGGAGCGCGAGAAGUCGGCGCUGCUCAUGAACCUGCAGGAGUCGCAAACCCAACUGCAGCACACGCAGGGCGCCCUGACCGAGCAGAACGAGCGGGUCCAUCGCCUCAUGGAGCACGUCAACGGCAUGAAAUGCCUCAACGGGGACAAAGAGCUCGCCGACCCGCGGGACAGCGAGAAGCUUGACGGCGGGUCCUUCUCGCCACCGGCCAACGGCCACCACGAUCCCGACAUCCACGGCCUCGAGAUCCUGGAGUGCAAGUACAAGGUGGCCGUGACGGAGGUGAUCGACCUGAAAGCCGAGCUCAAGGCCCUAAAGGAGAAGUACAACACGGCUGUGGAGGGGCAGGGGGACAGCCACGGUGACGACAGGGUCCCGGCAUUGAGUGAACAGGUGACGCAUCUGGAGCAUUGCUACCGCGAGAGCAGGGACAGGGUCACCAACCUGGAGGCCGAGCUGCAAGCGGCCGCCAGCGCGGCCGCGGAGGGCCAGGGCCUGCUGAACGCCGCACAGGACGAGCUGGUGACCUUCAGCGAGGAACUGGCGCAGCUCUACCACCACGUGUGUCUGUGCAACAACGAGACCCCCAACCGCGUCAUGCUGGACUACUACCGCCAGAGCCGGGUGACGCGCGGCGGCAGCCCGAAGGGCCCCGAGGACCACCGGGCGCUGCUCACGCCUCGCCUGGCCCGCCGCCUGGCCGCAGCGUCGGCGGCGUGCUCCUCCGAGCCCCCGCGCAGUCCCGUGGACUCCCCGUCCCGGGACGUCCGUCACAACGAGACGACGGCCCACGCGGUGGACUCCUGUCACGGCAGCCCCGCCCGCAACCCGGCGGGCUCCCUGGCCAUCGCCGCCUCUCCUUGCCCGUCUCCGGUGCCCUCCGAGGCUGGAGGGGACCUGCGGAAGGAGCCCAUGAACAUCUACAACCUGAACGCCAUCAUCAGGGACCAGAUCAAGCACCUGCAGAGGGCUGUGGACCGCGCGCUGCAGUUGUCCAGGCAGAGGGCGGCGGCCAGGGAGCUGGCGCCCAUGCUGGACAAGGACAAGGAGAUGUGCUUGGAGGAGAUCCUCAAACUGAAGUCCUUGCUCAGCACCAAGAGAGAGCAGAUAGCCACGCUCAGGCUGGUGCUGAAGGCCAACAAACAGACAGCAGAGGGGGCACUGGCUAAUUUGAGGAGCAAGUACGAGAAUGAAAAGACGAUGGUGACGGAGACCAUGAUGAAGCUGAGGAACGAGCAGGCUCUGAAAGGAGAUGCCGCCACCUUCUCGUCUCUCAGGGCCAUGUUCGCCCCCAGAUGUGACGAGUACGUCACACAGCUGGACGAGAUGCAGAGGCAGCUGGCGGCAGCAGAGGACGAGAAGAAGACGUUGAACUCCCUCCUGCGCAUGGCCAUCCAGCAGAAGCUGGCGCUGACCCAACGGCUGGAGGACCUGGAGUUUGACCACGAGCAGAUCCACCGCGGCCGCGGCGCCAAAGUGCCCAAGAUUAAGAGCAGCCCGCCCAAAUUUCUUGUAGAUUGUCAGCAGCCUGCUGCCUCAGUACCGUCACUCUCCCCACAACUAAGGCGAGGGAGAGCCUCCCUAGCCCGCAGUCCUAAAUUGUUGGCAGAACUCCAGCGACACGGCACAGUCCUGUCCGGUAGCAGUAGUCUCCUCUCCCCCUGCGACCCUCGUAGCGGUCCGGCCCGGCAACCGCGGCCCCCCCGGCACCUGACCUCGCUGCUGCAGGCCAGACUCUGGCCUCGGUCCGGAAGGAGUCACGCAGAGACGGAGACGCUCUGGAUGGGGGUUCCCUGAAUAAAACGUCCUUCAAACUAGCGGGUCAGACAAGGUGCUUCUUGGACUCUGUGCCCCCCCCCCCCG